AGACCAAACGUUUAGUUACGUUACAAAGUUGCUGCUCAACUCACAGCACAUACGCCAUGUCAAUUCGUACUUUUGUUCGUCAUCUUAAUGUUCCUCUGAAAUGGAUUCUGCAAUCUAGAAAUAUUAUUAAUUCGAAUCGAACAUGUGGUUCAAUUGCUCAAGCGCGGUUGCUGCUCGAGAAGGAACUCGAUACGAUCCGUGCUGCGGGCACUUGGAAAGGCGAGAGAGUGAUCACUUCCAAGCAAGGACCUCAUAUUAACGUGGACGGCAGUCGUGACGAUAUCUUGAACUUUUGCGCAAAUAACUACCUGGGCCUGUCCAGUCACCCAGAGGUUAUUCAGGCUGGGAUUGAGGCACUCCAGAAGUAUGGCGCUGGCUUGAGUUCGGUGAGGUUCAUCUGUGGAACACAGGACCUUCACAAGAACCUAGAGAAGAAGCUUUCUCAGUUCCAUGAAAGAGAAGACUGUAUCCUGUAUGCCAGCUGCUUUGAUGCAAAUGCAGGUCUUUUUGAGGUUUUGUUGGGCCCAGAUGAUGCUGUCUUGUCCGAUGAAUUAAACCAUGCCUCAAUCAUUGAUGGCAUUAGAUUGUGUCGUGCCAAGAGGUUCCGCUACAAGCACAUGGACUUGAAUGACCUGGAGGAGAAGCUGAGAGAGUCUCAGUCAUCUCGUCUACGGCUGGUGGUGACGGAUGGCGUGUUCUCUAUGGAUGGAGACGUGGCUCCUUUGGUGGGCAUCUGUGACCUUGCUGAGCAAUAUGGAGCCCUGGUCUUUAUUGAUGAAUGCCACGCCACAGGCUUCCUGGGCCCACGUGGCCGUGGUACUGAUGAGCUGCUAGGUGUGAUGGACAAAGUGCACAUAGUAAACUCCACUCUGGGAAAAGCCCUUGGAGGGGCAGCAGGUGGUUACACCGUUGGACCAAAACCUUUAAUUGACCUCCUCAGGCAACGCUCUCGUCCUUAUCUCUUCUCCAACUCUCUCCCUCCUUCGGUCGCGGGCUCUGCCACACGUGCUCUGGAACUACUUCUGGCAUCCAAUGAAAUUGCACAGAGCAUGGCAGCCAAAACCAUGAGGUUUAGAAAUGGAAUGUCCCAGGCAGGGUUCACCAUCGCUGGCACAGCUCACCCCAUUUGCCCUGUGAUGCUGGGAGAUGCUCGUCUGGCUUCCAUAAUGGCUGAUGACAUGCUUAAAUUGGGAGUGUAUGUGAUCGGCUUCUCCUACCCAGUGGUUCCCAAGGGGGAAGCGCGUAUCAGGGUCCAGAUUUCUGCAGCACACACUGAUUCCGAUAUCGACCACACUGUAGAUGCCUUCAUUCAGACUGGCCGAAAGCAUGGCGUUAUAUCGUAGUGUGUUACUCUGAUAUGGGUAGUAAUGCGUGGGUUUGAAAGAUCAACAUGGAGAAAGAACAGGUUUCUAGCAAAUUACAGUGAAGCUGUUCUAGUGGACUGUUACAAAAGCACUUAACACUGGGAAUAGAGGAAAUAAAACUUUAAAACCCCAUCUGAAAAUAAGAGAUCUGCUUGUUUGCACUAAUAAAUGCUUUUGGUAAACCAUG